AUGAUUGACGAAGCGAUAGCAACGAAAGAAACAGAAUUCAAGGAGUGCUUAGAACUGUGUGAAAAGGGUGUAAAUAUGUGUCGCAUUAAAGCUGGUCACUUGGUACCAUCUCGAAAUGUCUACGUGGAAGACCAAAAAUGGCUAUGUUAUCAUUCGGAUAUGUGCUGGAAAUUUGUGCCGUUAAAACUGAAAUCUGUAAAUAUUGACGACAUUCUGGAGAUUCGAAAAGGAUUCAGUUCUGAUAAUCUUCACAAAGCUUCCAAGAAAUAUUCAUUUCGAGAGAAAGUGACGGCAGAAAUGUGUUUGUCUGUAAUCUUAACUCAUCGACGCAUGCUUCAUAAAUCGAUUGAUUUUGCUGCUGAAAAUUCAUCUGUGAGAGAUAAAUUUGUAAAAGGUUUGCAAUAUCUUGUUGAUAAGAGAAAUCAAAAACACGUGUACUUUGACGAAGAACGUUGGCUUUUGGACAAUUUCCGGAAAGCUGAUAUAAACAAAAAUGGCAGAUUAACUUUUGAUGAAGUACUGAAGCUGUUGAAAACGCUGAAUCUUCAAAUCAGUAACGAAUAUGCACAUGCUUUGUACACGCAGACAGAUUCUUUUGGCAAAAAUGAUGGGCAGCUAGACGAAAGUGAAUUCAUUAACUUCUUUUAUCACCUAACGGAUCGUCCAGAUCUGAAGCAUGUAAUGAGAAUGUUCAGUGCAACAAAUGACCCAGCUUUGUCUAUUGUCGAUCUAAAAACAUUUUUAACAACCGAACAACAGUUUGAUGAUAUUAAUGAAAAGAAGGUUGCAUCAAUUAUCGAUAAUUUCGGAACAGCAAAACAAGGCGUAAAAAUACUUGGACCAAUAGGUUUUCGUUGGUUACUGCUCGGUGAGUGGGGCAACAUCAUGAAACCUGGGCACGAAAGAGUUUUCCAGGACAUGGAUCAUACACUAAGUCAUUAUUACGUCAACUCAAGUCACAAUACCUAUCUUACUGGAUUGCAAAUAAAGGGUGAAGCAACUGUUGAAGGUUACAUCAAUGCGCUAAAAAAGGGUGUACGACUUUUAGAAUUAGACGUUUUCGAUGGCGAAGAAGGAGAACCAUGUAUUACGCAUAAGCGUACAUUUAUCAAGACGAUCACCUUGCAAGAUGCACUGAAAGAAAUUGAUGUGUACGCCUUCAAAACAAAUCCAUAUCCAGUGAUACUGACUAUAGAGAAUCAUGUUGGCUUACCUCAACAGAAAGCUAUGUCACGCAUUUUUAAAGAAGUACUAGGGGACAAAAUAUAUAUGCGACCCGAAAACGGAGCUUCUCAACCUUUACCUUCUCCAAAUGCUUUGAAGAAUAAGUAUCUGUUGCGCGGCAAAAAAUUGAGAGCAGAACGAGGUCUUGAUCGGAAAUCCGAUCAGGAUAUUGACAAAAGGGUCCAAAACAAUAGUGAAAAUAAGGACAUCAAACUCGACCCAGAAUUUUCUCAACUGAUAUCACUCCCAUCAGUUAAACUUUCGAAUAAUAUCUUUAAAGAUAUCGAUGAGCAUCCAAUGGAUGGUUCCUCUUCCUUAUCCGAACGGAAGAUUGCAAACUAUAUGGAAAGCGGUUAUUCGCUUGCUGCUUACACAUCAAAAAGAUUUGUAAAAUCAUUCCCGAAGGGUCUGCGGCAGGAUUCAAGCAAUAUGGAUCCCAUCCCUUCAUGGCUCUGUGGUAUACAAUCAGUCGCAAUGAAUAUGCAAACUACAGGAGAAUAUCUCGAUUUAGUUAAUGGGCUAUUUCGGACUAACGGUAACUGUGGUUACGUGCUCAAAUCAAAGACACUUAUUGGUGGACUUGACCCGCGUAUGCCUGAAGUAUCGAGUUCAGUUGUAACAACGAUGCUAGUUGGGGUUAUAAGUGGGCAAUAUUUACCCACAAUAUCUCAAGCAAAUGAUGUUAUCGAUCCAUAUGUAACUAUUGAAAUCUUUGGGAUUCCAGCUGAUUCCCGAAAAUUCCGGACAAAGACCAUCCGCAACAACGGCUUUAAUCCACAGUUCAACGAAACGUUUACAUUUCCGCUUCAUUUCCCUGAUUUUGCACUGCUUCGUUUCUGUGUGAAAGACUUCGACUCAACUUCAGCAAACGAUUUCGUUGGUGAAUUUACAAUACCGGUGAAAAGCAUUCGUGCAGGCUAUUCACACAUACGAUUGAAUACGGGCAAUUUGCGCACAGUGGACGAAUGUGCCUCACUUUUUAUACGAGUCGCGUUUGAAUGA